UGUGAUGUUGCAAUGUUCGACAAAUUUUGAAAUUGACAAAGGAGUCAUUACACGUAAAUUGUUAAUGUUUCAGGCGUGUUCCAGAUUGUCUAAGAUUGUAUUACAGACACCUUGGUACGAAUUUGGACCAGGUUACUUGUGAGAUCCUAGCGCGGAUUGAAGAACAAAGUGAUCCGUACUAUGUGCUCAUCUCCACGCUUUUCUUAGCUUUCAAAAACAUUGUCAUUCUUAUCUGUGGUCCAUAAUUUGUAUAUUUGUAAUAAUGGUUGACACUUGUUGCAAUUGGCAGAAUCCAUGUCAAUGUUAUAGUAGUUUUUGAGAUUGCCUGAGGUUAUGUUUGAGACGCCUUAGUAUGAAUUUGCUGAGCUUCAUGCAUGAUGGGACCAGCUUACUUGCAAGUUUUCCUAGUGCAGAGAGAAGGACAAUGUGAAAACUGCACACACAUCUCCACACUUCUAUCUUUCAAAAACAUUGCCUUGAGGAUGGAGGCAGCAAGCACCUCUGAAACAUAGGUAUAAACGUCUACCAGACUACACUUUGCAACAACCUAGAAGACAGCAUCUACAACUUGCUGCUGUAAGAAAACUGCAUUUUCUGUUGAAUAAUAGAGCAAGGCGAAUCGUCAAGAAGACCUGAUAAAGUGAUCUACAUCAAGGAAGCAGAUUAUUAGAAGGGGAUUUGAGUUUUAAAAUGCUGAAACACAAAAUAAGUGUUCACAUGUUCCUAUAUAGAAAGGAACAGGUGUGAACCAAGCCAUCAUUAUGGGGUUUGGAAAAUGAGUAAAGAAAGGCCACAUGGCCCAUAAAGAACAUUGGCAAGAAAAGUUGCAUCAGUACACACCAACUUCAUGGAGUCACAAGUUCUGCAAGAUACAGUCAAGCCUUUCCGAGUAUCAAUAGAAGGAAACAUUGGUGCAGGGAAGAGCGAAAUGAUCAAACAUUUCUCAGGCUUUACUGAUGUAAAUGCUCACAUGGAACCAGUUUCUGAGUGGUGCAAUGUGCAAGGACACAAUCUGCUGGAACUCCUGUACAAGAACCUCAACAGACAUAACUUCAUGUUCCAGAAUUAUGUCCAGCUGACUCGACUCAAGACACAGAUGCAUCAGACAAACAAAAGAGUCCACAUGUUUGAGCGAUCUCUCCAAAGUAACAGAUUCUGCUUUGUGGAGAUGGCUCACAAUUGCGGUCAGCUAUUAGGUGCAGAGUAUGUUGUCCUCUGCAAGUGGUAUGAAUGGAUGCAACAGAAUUUUGACAUCCAGCUUGACUUAAUAGUGUAUCUUCGCGGUAGUCCAGAAUUAUGUUAUGAAAGGGUCCAGAGGCGCAAACGCCCAGAAGAAAGUUCUGUAUCUCUUGGCUAUAUGCAGAAACUGCACGAAAGUUACGAGCAUUGGCUACUCCAAACUAAACCUACUGCACCUGUAUUGGUGAUUGACGUAAACAAGGAAAUGGAUCGAGUGAAGCAAGAUUAUAUCAGAUACCAGAGCUACAUCCUGGGACACACAAAGUUGAAUUCUGAUACCGUCAAAUGGGGGCCAUUUGAGGAAAGUAUAAUAGUGUGAGCAGUGAUUUUGAAACUUUUCUAAGAAUUUUUUUACAAGUAAUACUCAUGAUAUUCACAAAAAUAAAUACAGCAAAUAUAAUAAGAGAUUUUUGUUUGAAAACUUAAAUAGUGUUUCUACUGUAACAAUCAUAUAUAUAAAUAGAAAACUUGGAAAAUGCUUUGGGUGUUGCUGUUCUGUUUCUUACAAGAUGAGAACCAAACUCUCAUCAAAAGGCUCAAAAUAAAUUUAUACAAGGGUCAUAUUUAUUAUUAAACCAUGGCUAGCAUUUUUCCUCUGCACCAAACAAACAAUGCUUAUCUACUUCUGAAGGCACCGUCAACUCAAUUCACAGCCUCACCGGUGAAAUACACAAAUAAGAGAACUUAAAGUACAACAAUUAAAUUAAAUAUUAUGUUCAACAAAGGAUCUUUAUGAUACCUUUUGUAAAUCAUACAUAGAAAACACUAUAUUAUAUAUUAUAAUAGAGUAAAAGAACUCUCAUACAGUGGAUAUGAAAAUGACACAUUUAUGAGUGAGUAGAUAUUGGUCAACAUUAGUGCUCAUUUAAAAGCAGGAUGCAUUGCAAUUGAUUCUUCAGUGUGGCAUGUCAAAAAGCUCAAUUUACACUAAAAGAAAACUGUGAAAGCUACAACACUAGACCCAUCACAGGUCAGUUACACCCAUAAAGGGGGAUGGAAAGGGGACUCUGAAGUUUUCCAUUCUGAUGCCAGAAUUUCUGCCAUUUUCAUCAUAAGAUUUGUCAUGUCUGUCUGUGAUUACCACAUCAGUUCUUCUCAUUUUAUUCCAAAUUUAUAGAUUUCAUAGAUAUUAAGGCCAAAAACAUGUAUUAUAUUCCUGUCUGGUGCUAUCCUAUGACUGCUGUGGACAGUCUGAACAGUUCAUAAAUACGCAUGAACAUCAUCAACUAUUUCUGAAAAUAUACAUCAGUCAUUAAAAGAAGUAAUUUGUGAAGUUCUGUGAAUGCACUAAACAAAAUAUUUUGGAUUUCUUUGAUUAUUUGUGUCUUCUCCCCAUUAUCAGCCCAGAUAAUUGGGAGUUAACUAUAGUCUGAUGACAGAAGAGACAGAACUUUAACACUUACACAUAUGCAUACUUGGAAAGAAAUGACACGACUUCUAGAUACCAGGGCCUCAUCAUAAAGCUCUAAGUCCCCUCCAAUAACAAUCAUUCUCAGUAUCACCCUAUCAAUUGGAGUAAUGAAAUCCAUCCAAAUUGAAAAGUGGAUUCUACAUUCUUGUCUAGAUGGACAAAGUUUAGGAAGGUCAUCACAUGCCAUACCUGAAGGUAUUAGAUACACAAUUUUUAAUAAAAUUUUAUUCAAAUUAUGCAGGCAAGUCCUAUAACAGAACACAAGGAUAAGAUUCAUAUGACAUUAAGAACAGUGGCAAAAAUGCCUGUUAUCAUAAACACCCAAAGCAUUAAAAAUGUAAUUUGACAUUAGUCUCCAAGCCUGCAAUGAAAGUCUUGGUAUGACAGCAAUUUUUGUAACAGUUCUGUAUAAUAAUUGUAUUAGUUACUACAUCUCCUACAAACUCUUUAAAUAAAAUAGUUUAAACAAUU